AAUGAAAACAAAACGCAGACACGCCUUCUAAGUAAUGUACCUUGUUAUCUGAAUUUGGACUAGCCCUAUCUAGUGACAGUGAGAAACAGUGAUCGUGUGUCAUCACCAUCGCUCGAAAAGCAGGUGGAAGCUGUGCACUUGUCAGACUGUCCCAUCGACGGCGAAAAUGUCACUCAACACUGACUGAUAGGCUGUGCUCAUUUGUGAUAGCAACACCAUUAUGCCUAACCAGAAAAGCAACAAAGGGAAGCGGAAUAAACGCACAAACAGCAGUGGCGAUGAACAAGAAAAUGGAAUCACUGCAUCAGGAGGAGCCCAAGGAGGUGCAACAGCGUUAUCGGGAGCAACGGUAGGACCAUGCCAAAACAACACGGGUGAGGCGCCCUGUGCCACCCCUCUUGUCUGCAGUUUUGGAAGACCCAUCAACCUUGAUAAAGAUGACUACCAGAGGGUGCUGUGCAAUAGUGAGGUCUGCCCCUAUAGCAACUGGAUGCACCUGCAGUGCUUUUAUGAAUGGGAAAGCAGCAUCUUAGUGCAGUUUAACUGUAUAGGACGGGCUCGGAGCUGGAAUGAGAAACAGUGCCGGCAGAAUAUGUGGACUAAGAAGGGUUAUGACCUUGCCUUCCGUUUCUGUUCCUGUCGCUGUGGUCAGGGUCAUCUGAAAAAAGACACAGACUGGUACCAGGUCAGACGCAUGCAGGAUGACCGGAAAAAGAAAUUAGUGUUGGAAAAAAGUGUGGGGAAGUCCAUGAACUCUUCAGGAGGGGCCACAGGUGGCGAACCCUCAGAUGACCCCAAAAAAUGGAAGCAGCCCACCAGCAAUAAGUUGGUUCCUCGAAUUCCCAAUCAUGAACCAUACCAUCGGCAGUUGGUUGACAUGCAGAACUCUCAGGAGAGGGGCCAUGGAAGCUUGCUAAAUAUUGCUAGUAAUCUUGGUUGCCAGUCUCCUAAUGAUUUAUCAUGUCUGUCCCCCCCUUCAUGCUUUCCCUUUAUGUCCCCCAACACUAUCAUGGGACCUCGUACUUCUCGACACUUGGGUGAGUUCUUGAAGAAUGCUAUCCACAUGGAGAAUCACAGAAAGAGUGUUGUGGCAGGUGGAGUAUCUGGCCGUGGUGGUCACAUGGAGCAUUUAGGUGGGCUUCCACUACCACGCCUUGCCCCAGGGGACAAUCCUGUACAGUUCCUUCGGAGACUUGACCUGUCUGAGUUGCUUACUCACAUCCCCCGACACAAACUUAACACUUAUCAUGUUCGAGUGGAAGAUGAUGCCUAUGUUGGACAAGGAGAAGAUCUUAGAAAAUUUAUCCUUUCUGCCCUCACUGCUUGCCAUCGCAAUGUGGUUAACUGUGCUCUUUGCCAGCGUACACUGCCCAUCUUUGAACAGUUUCCACUUGUUGAUGGAACACUUUUUCUCAGCCCCUCUAGACACAAGGAAAUUGAAUAUGAUGUCCCAUGCCAUCUACAAGGGAGACUGAUGCACCUGUAUGCCAUCUGUGUGGACUGUCUGGAAGGAGUCCACAAAAUUGUGUGUAUAAAGUGUAAAUCGCGAUGGGAUGGCAGUUGGCACCAGUUGGGGACGCUGUACACGUAUGAUAUAUUGGCAGCCUCACCAUGUUGUCAGGCUCGUCUGAACUGCAAACACUGUGGAAAGCCAGUCAUUGAUGUCCGGGUUGGGAUGCAGUACUUCUCUGAGUACAGCAAUGUACAACAAUGUCCACAUUGUGGUAACCUUGAUUAUCAUUUUGUUAAACCGUUUUCGUCCUUCAAGGUCUUAGAAGCUUAUUGACACAUGGUGUCCCUAUGUGUUUGCAUUAUUUCGAUUAUUUUCUAAUCUUUCUAUGUCUUUUAUUGUAAGUUAUUAUAAUGGGUGUUGCUAAGAAUGUCAUGGAGGGUUUUAUUUUAUUUAAAUUCAGAAUGUUUAUAUGUGGCUUUCAUGAAUGUUUGCCCACAAGAGUGCUUUUUUCAUUCUUCAUACUGAAACCUGAAAACUGAAAAUGAGCUUAAUCUUUACAGGAUAAAAUGUUUGCAGGAGACACUGGAGAUAAACCUGUACCAAGGCAAAUUAAAUAUACUGAUGAAGUGAAUGUAUCUAAAUGCAAAAAUAUCUCUGUUAUCUCUGUAUAUAAUAAUAAUAAAUAUUCCAUCACUAAAUAUUCACAUAGAAUUUCCACACCAGUUCACACAACUGAACUCUAAAAAUAAUGGGUGAAAUAAGAUAUAAAGACUAGGACAUUCAAAGUUUGCUUGUGCAGAAUUUACUGUUAAAACUGAAAAGGCAGGACAGACUGACCAACACAAUACAAUUGUCCAAGUAUAAAAAUGCAGUGGAAGCACAUUUAAGUAUGGUAUCACUGUAUUGCUGCCUUUUAUCUUAAAAAUGUACACCUGUAACAGUAAAGAGUGAGUGGGAGAGAGAGGUGGGGUGCGAUCGGGAAAUUACUUGCGUGUUGGAUUAGAACCCAUGAGCACUUGGUCCUGGUUGAGGUAUGGAUGCUGCAGCAUUCCCUCAUGUUGUUUUGUUUGUUAGUUUACAAAAGCAAAGUUAUAUGUCUGUCUUUAGGCAAUAAUUAGCUUUUCCAUGGUCUUGGGUUGAAAAACAUUAACAUGUUUGUCUGCACACAACCUCGGAAAAAUGUUUACUUGUUUGUGUAAAUGAUUACAACAUGUAUGGCAUUUGACUUUUCUGAUAAAAUCUAUCUAUAAAGCAAGGAA